GACUCGAACUACAAUUGAGCAAACGUGGUAUCACUAGCCAGCAUAGUACCGCUUUAAAUAUGGAAGAUUUCAACGAUUUGGGGUUCGAUACCGAAUAUCUGAGCAGCUGUGGACGUGGAAGGGGACGCGGACGGGGUAGUCAAGCGAGAGGUCGUGGAAGAGGAGCAACAGUAAACCGUGGGAGGGGGCGACUGCGAGGAGGGCGUGGUGGGAGCUGCCACGGUUUUGUCGCGCAGUCACGUUGCCUAAGUUGCGCCGAUGACUUGAUGUACGAGGAUGCUGACUAUGUGACCAAUCAAAUUCCAGUACAAGUUGCUGGUUAUUAGAAAGACUCGGACGGGACUACAGUUACCGCUAUUUUGAAAGAAAUCAUUAAGUUAUAUGCAUCCAUUAAUGAUUAUCGUAUUAUAGAUCAUAAAGUAUAAAUAUAUGAUCCGCCGUAGUAUAUUAAAUAAAUAUAUGAUCCGCCGUAGUAUAUUAAAUAAAUAUAUGAUCCGCCGUAGUAUUAAAUAAAUUUAUAUUAAGUUCAUUGAUUUCAAUCAGCAGUCACUAUCUGGAAAUUUCCGUAAUAAGCGGACCUUGUAAAAUUCAAUAAUACAACUCGACAAGUAUAACAUAAUCAGUAUAAUAUUGUUUGGCAAAUAAUUCAAAUUUUUAGCUAGGUUUAAAUCAGGUAUAUUUUCUAGAUCACUCUCCUGGUGAUGACGAUGUAUGUUGAGAUAAAAAAAAAAAAAAACGGUUUAUUGUUAUAGUAUUAUUCAUGUGUUGACAUGUUAGUGACUAAUUUUUAUGCUGAAACAAAUUAAAUUGCUAAGUCAAUAAUGUAUAUAUAACAUGUAAUCACGUGCCCUCCAAAGGAUGACAAAGCCAGGAAACAACAGAUUCAUUUUAGAAUAGAACAAUUUUCGGGAAU